AGACAGGCCCCGACCCUGCACUGGCUCCACCCCCCCACACGGGAGGGGAGGAGCCCGAGGAAUAACAGGCGCACGCCUGUCACCACCUCCCCAUUCAUCCCAGUGAUGCAGAGCGGGGACCCGUGUCCAUCUGGCUGCCUGUCGCCUGCUGGGUCCACCCUCGUGGGCACUCGUCCCUGGACCACUUAGGUCCCUCUCCUCCGUGAAGCUCAGGCAAGACGUUCGUCUCUGGAGACCCCAGCAUCCGGCACGCGUCCUCUGGGGACCCCGCCUGGCGAGUGGUCUAGGAGGACCUCUUUUCUGGAGUCCACACAGUUGGAUCGCCGGAUCAGGGAGCGUAUCUCACGAGACGCCGCACCUGGACACUUCAGGGGUCCAGGCUCUGUUGUGUUAGAAGACCCGAAUCUUGGAUCUCAGAGAGCGAGAGGUGCAGCGGCGGUGAUCGCCUGCACGCGCAUCCUAACACACGGGGCACUCGGCACUCGCUGGACACGAGAACGCGUCAGCCCGGAAGGCACCUCCCCUCGGGCGAUGUCGCGCCUCGUCCCGCCCUUUCUUCCGUAGCUCACUGGACCUCCCUGACAAGGAGGGGCGCUUGCAUACUCCUGGCUCUCAGAGGGCGGAACCUCUCCAUGCCUUGGCCUUCCAUUGGCCCGGCCCUCGGCACCGGUAGUUUCAGAAUUGGUCGUUUGAGGCGCCCUCCCUGUGACUUCCGCUUCCGGUCCUGACGGCUGCUUCGAGUGUAACGAUGAUCGGUGACAUCCUGCUGUUCGGGACACUGCUGGUGAAUGCUGGAGCUGUGCUCAACUUUAAGCUAUGGGCCAGGCAGGUGGUGCCCAGAGAGGGACCGUGGGCCGCCAGAGCUCACCAACCGGACCGCCGCGGGGCUGGAGCUGGAGCUCUGUGUUCGCGCCGGAAGAGCUGAUGUCAGGGUCGGCACAGUGAGCGGUCCCUGUGCCCCAGCGAAAGUGCCCGUCGUCUGCUUCCUCUGUAGGAAAAAGAAGGACACGCAGGGCUUCGGGGAGGAGUCGAGGGAGCCCAGCACAGGUGACAACAUCCGGGAGUUCUUACUGAGCCUCCGAUACUUCCGGAUCUUCAUCGCGCUUUGGAACGUCUUCAUGAUGUUCUGCAUGGUUGUGGUCUCACUAUGUAGCCUGGGCUGGCCUCGAACUCCCAGCCAGCCAUGCUCCUGCCUCAGCCUCCUGUAUCCUGGGAUGACAGGCUCUUCGGCUCCUGAGCCCUGGCGACAGCGGAACCAGACUCCUGGCCCAGAUGUGGACUAUGCGCUUCUCUCCUGUGGACUUCAGCAGUGUUUUCAAAGCAAACCAGCGGGGAUUGAGGAAGUCCUGGCUUUGGGGUAGAAGGUCCUGGCCAGACUGCGAUGAGGUGGCUCCCUGCACAUCCCCACUGCAGCAGGGCCCACUUGGCCAGCAUCUCCCGGAGCCCUGCUGGUACUGCACCUCAGUUCAUUCUCAGUAACUUUUAUUCUGGUCUACUCCAGUCCAUUUCUACAGGUCAUGGCAGGGCCUGGACCGAGGUGUCAGCCAAGAGCUAGGGGAGCCCUCUGGGCAGCAUCUGCCUCUGCGCUGUCAGAGUGAGUGCCAUGUACUGGCCAUGAUGGUGUGGGAGACAGCCCUGGGUGGUCUCUGCCUCCCUCUGGCCACUGGGUCCUGUAGCCGAGGUUACCCCAGGACUGGACAGCGUAGGCUGCCUGGCCCUUGCCUGUUAGACACCUGGGCACCAUGCGCUGGUUUUCGAAUGAGGCAGCGCAGAUGGUGUUAGCAGGCGGGUGAUCAGGAACUCCACUUUGCUUUGAAUGCCUUUGUUGAAUAAAGGAGCCUCACUUCACACACA